CCUCGGCGGCUGCCCGGGUGACUCGGUUAUAUGUCACAGGGUAGCGCUCGAGAAUGGGACAUGGAAUGAGGCGACGGCCGCCCCGGGCCCAGCAGCAGCAGCAGCAGCCCCCGCCGCCCGGGGAGGCUCCGCGGCGAUGAGCCCGGCUGUCCGCAGGCACGGCCGGUGAACCGGGAGCCCCACCGCUUCGGCCCCUUCUCGUCCUGCGGCAGCCAGAGGCAUGGACAAGGCCGCCCCCGCGGGGCGUUGAUUCCCGCCGCGCGCCCGCACACGCCCCUUGCCGCCACGCGCCACCCCCAGCCUCGGUCCCGCCAUGACAGGCUCCGCCACCGACUCUCACCGCUGCCCCCACCCCAAAGGAGCCAAAGGCACCCGGUCCCGGAGCAGCCACGCGCGGCCAGUGAGCCUCGCCACGAGCGGGGGCUCGGAGGAGGAGGACAAAGACGGCGGGGUGCUGUUUCACGUGAACAAGAGCGGCUUCCCCAUCGACAGCCACACCUGGGAGCGCAUGUGGAUGCACGUGGCCAAGGUGCACCCCAAGGGUGGCGAGAUGGUGGGCGCCAUCAGGAACGCUGCCUUCUUGGCAAAGCCUUCCAUACCCCAAGUCCCAAACUACAGGGUGUCGAUGACCAUCCCAGACUGGCUCCAGGCAAUCCAGAAUUACAUGAAGACGCUACAAUACAAUCACACAGGAACCCAGUUCUUUGAAAUUAGGAAAAUGAGACCGCUGAGUGGGCUAAUGGAAACAGCAAAAGAAAUGACCCGAGAGUCCUUGCCUAUCAAAUGCCUGGAGGCCGUCAUCCUGGGCAUAUACUUAACCAAUGGGCAGCCUUCCAUUGAGCGAUUCCCCAUCAGCUUUAAAACCUGCUUCUCAGGAAACUGCUUUCACCAUGUUGUGCUGGGGAUUUACUGCAAUGGCCGGUACGGCUCGCUGGGCAUGAGCCGAAGGGCAGAGCUGAUGGACAAGCCACUGACCUUUCGGACUCUGAGUGACCUCAUCUUUGACUUUGAAGACUCCUAUAAGAAAUACCUGCAUACGGUCAAGAAGGUCAAGAUCGGGCUGUAUGUCCCCCAUGAGCCCCACAGCUUCCAGCCCAUUGAGUGGAAGCAGCUGGUCCUCAAUGUGUCCAAGAUGUUGAGGGCUGACAUAAGGAAGGAGCUGGAGAAAUUCGCCAGAGACAUGAGAAUGAAGAUCUUGAAACCUGCAAGUGCCCACUCUCCAACACAAGUGAGAAGCCGGGGGAAAUCCUUGUCACCCCGAAGGAGACAAGCCAGCCCCCCGAGGAGGCUUGGCAGGCGAGACAAGUCCCCCAGUGAGAGGUGUCUGAGGACAGUGGUACUCGGUUCCAUCAAAUCAGGAGCUUCCCAAAAGAGAUGCCAGCUGCCACCGUUGUUGCAUGCUGGAGCCCAGCACGCCCCGGUCCCCAGAGAUCUAUCUGGAGACCAGCAGUUGCCCAGCUUCUCCCCAUGGUUUUGGCCAAGCAAGCUUCUCUCCAGGCCCGCACUGCCUGAGAAGAAGCUGGCCGACCUCGGCCCUCUGAAUGAGGUGGGUUAUCAGAUCCGAAUUUAGCCCAGCCCUGCCGACCAGGCAGAGCGUUCUGUGGUGCUUCCCUCUGCACUCUGCCCAGCAUCUUCAGCUGGGAUUGCAACUGUUCAUGAAGAAUUCACACAUUUUCUUUGUAAGGAUUGACCUGGAAAUAGAAACUGAGUGAGUAGCAACAGUUAACUGUGUGAACAGUCCACUAAGAGGCAACUGUGAAAAGGCUCCAGUCCUCAACCUGGCUGCUGUUGGAACUGUCCACCCUCACUCAAGACCUCAAGGAUGACAACCAUGACUUCUAUUUUUCCAUUUCCCGAUUUGUGUAAUUUGCUUUGAAUGUGACGCCAUGCCAGUAGUUAAUGUCCGCCAAGUCCUCUCUCCCAUUUUUGGUAUAGUAAGGUCACUCAAAUCAGUAUUACUGUCUUUUUCAGCAAUAACAGAAGUAAAGCUAGGUGGGUUUUUUUUUUUUUAAGCAGUUGCUAUUACCUCAGUAUUUUAACAUUGAAUAUGCAAACUUAAUGGUGUUUUUUUUUUUAAUUAUUAUUAUCUUUGUAUUGCUUCCCCAGUACUUCCCAUGGGGAUCUCCAUGAGUUAGGGUUUUUUUUUUUUCUGGUGCAGACGUAUGAUAAGACUUAAGGUUAUUAUAUGCAAGUGUUUUACUAAAAAGCACUGAAAUUCUUCUGGCAAUACGGGAAUCCAUUUUCAGGAUCUUACAGUUACUUCCUCCUUCAUGUUUCUUAAAGUGUUCUCCGACAGUUUUUGAUCUUCCCAACCAAAACAAGAGGCACAUUCAGAAGGUCGUCCAUUUUCUGUCACUAACAUUUAAACUUUGCAGAUGUCACCAAAAAGCCCAAGAGGCCACACACUUGUUCCACACUGACAUUAUCAUGA